GGAGUUUUGUUGAUAGGAAGCAAGGGUUGCUCUUCCAGGGCGACACCAAGAACGACACAUGGCUCUUUGUGCUAACCGUACUGCUCUCCAGCACCCUGAUCUACAACAGCAAAGGCACAAUUGACCAGCAAGCCAUGGACCAGCUGCACUACGUGAUGAAGCUGACUGAGCAUGUCAAAUUGAAAGCAGCACCCAAGGAGAGCGAAGAUGAACUGGAGGAUUCAGAAAAAUUUGUCCUUUUCUUCCCAACUUUCAUCUGGGCUGUCCGGGAUUUCACACUGCGGCUGGAGGUGGAUGAGAAGGAAAUCUCUGAGGACGAAUACUUGGAGAACGCACUGAAGUUAAAGGCUGGCAGCAGCCCCGAGACCCAACGCUACAACCACCCCCGGGAAUGCAUCCGCCAGUACUUUCCAGAUCGCAAGUGCUUUGUUUUCGACCCGCCGGCCAGCAGGAAGGACCUGGCCCACUUGGAGGAGCUUCAGAACAGUAAGAUCAAUCCUGAAUUCCAGCAGCAGGUGGAGAAAUUCUGCAGCCACGUCUGGGAAAAGUCUCCACCUAAGACCAUCCCUGGUGGCCACAUCAUAACAGGGAACUUGCUGGGGAAACUGGCAGCGACCUACGUGGAGGCCAUCCAGAGCGGGGCAGUGCCAUGCCUGGAGAGCGCGGUGCUUGCCCUGGCAGAGCUUGAGAAUACAGUGGCAGUGAGAGAGGCUGUGACGUUGUACCAGGAUCUGAUGGAGCGGCGGGUGAAGCUGCCAACAGAGACUGUUCAGGAGCUACUGGAGCUGCACAGCCAGUGCGAGCGGGAGACACUGGAGCUGUUCAUGGCACGGGCAUUCGAAGAUGGCAUCUGCUCAUUCCAUGCAGAGCUCGUACGCCAGGUCGAGGCAGUCAAGGUGAAGUUCUGCGUGGACAACGAGCAGGCAUCCCGUGCCAAGUGCGAGGCCGCUCUCAGGGACCUCUCCCAAGGCAUGGAGAGACGAAUCUGUGAUGGCGUCUACAGUGUCUCGGGGGGUUACCAACUGUUCAAAGGAGACCAGCAGGCACUGGUAGAGAAAUAUCGGGAAAUGCCUGGCAAGGGGGUGAAGGCAGAUGCUGUCCUGCAGGAGUUCCUCCAAAGCAGAAAGACUCUGGCCAAAAGCAUCCUCAACACAGACCUCUCCCUGACAGAGAAGGACAAGGAGCUGAAAAGUGAGCAAGACCAGUAUGAGAGAGCUGAGCAGGAGAGGGAGGUCCAGCGGCAGAAGGAGGCUGAAGACAAGCAGAAGUUGCAGGACCAGUUACGCCGCUGUGAAGAACACGUGCUUUGGCUGAGAAAGAAGCUGGAGGAUUACUCUAAGAAGCAGCUGGAGGAGCACCAGAAGAUGAUCGGCCAUAAAUCAAAGGAGGCGAGUGCAUUGCUCAAAAAUGGCUUCCAUGAAAAAGCCAUGCACCUGCACAAGGUGUCCCAUAGCUUGGAGCAGGAAUACUGCAGCACCAGGAACAAUUUCGCACACUGGAUCAGCAUAAUAAUACCGAUAAUAUUAAGCUUGGCAUUUGCCGUGCUUCGCCGUUGA